GCGAUCAGCGGUGCGCUGUGUCCCUCAGACAUAGCGGAUCACCGAUCACAGAGCCGAAGAUGUCGGCUCAAUCAUGUGAUCAGCUGUGUCCAAUCACAGCUGAUCACAUGUAAACAGGGAAAUGCCAGUUAUCGGCAUUUCUCUCCUCUUGAGCUGUCAGCCGGGGACAUGUACACUGAUCAUCAGGGCACUGAUGAUCAGUGUGCCCUGAUGAUCAGUGUAGCCCCAUCAGUGCCACCUGUCUGUGUCCAUCAGUGCCUUGUGUCAGGGCUCAUAAGUGCCUCGUGCCAGUACCACAUCACUGCCACAUAUCAGUGCCUACCAGUGCACAUCACUGCCACAUAUCAGUGCCCAUCUGAGCUGCCUUUCAGUGUCACCCAUCAGUGCCGCCUAUCAGUGCCCAUCAGUGAUGCCUGUCAAUGCCUAUCAGUGCCACCUACCUAUGCCUCCUCCUCAGUG